GUCUUAUGAUUAACACGUGUCGUAAUGGCGGACGGACAGAGCUCAAGACGUCAUAUCAACAUCUUAUCCACGCUUUUCUUAUGACAGAACGACUAUGGCGUUAUACCGCACACUCUGCAAACUACUGCAGCGCCAGACCUACACUUGUCUCUCGUCGCGUUACGGAAUUUGGCUUUGUAUCGGUGGUGUUCUGUUAACUCUCAUUUCCGCCUUCCAAUUCGGGGAGGUGUUGGUGGAAUGGAGCAUGCAGAAGUAUUCAAACACCUUUAACGUGUACCAUGAUAACGUGGGCGGGAUGUCCUUCCAGUCUCGCCUUUGCUUGCCUGUACCUAUUGAUAUUGUCUAUACAUGGGUCAAUGGCAGUGAUCCGAAAUUAAUAGCUGAUUUGGAGAAACUAAAGUUAGAAUUAGAACUCCAGCAAAACAGUACUAAAAGUGAAUCUUUACUUAAUACUGCAAAGGAUAACACUUCAAAGGAUAAGUCCGUGAAUCUUAACAAGAAGACAACUUUAUCCAAACGGGAAGCAAAAUCAAGGACUAAACAAAUUGAUUUAUCAAAACAUUGUCAUUUCGCUAAUUGUGUAUAUGGGAAAGUUAUUAUUUUGGAUACUCUUCAAGAGAAAUAUAUUACAUUGGAAAAUGCAAAACAACUUCAUCCAUCAUUUGGAAGCAUCUACAGCAUACAAAAUGCCACUGUCUUGAAAUCUCAUGACCACGAGAAAGUGAGGGUGGUAUAUUUUCGUAAUGUUGAUGAUGUGAUGCAAGCUUCCAGAGCCAGUGUGAAGUGGAACAACAAAGAACACACCCCUCAUCUUGGUUACCUCACGACCGAGUCAUCAGGGACAAAAACAGUUAAAUCAGAAACAGAGCUUCUAGUAACAGCAUUCAAGGCUUACACGGACUUAGCAAAGCUCCAAGAUGUUUUAUCUGACAAAUUUGGUAAUGAGCUCUUAGACAUUGCAUAUCACUCUGACAAACAUGUCGCUGUUUUAUAUUUCUCUUGUCGUGAGGCAGCUAAAAGGGCUCUGGGUUAUUUUGAAAGAAACUUCACUGUUGAUGGACGUAGCUUGAAAUUCUCAGAGGCUUUUAUUAUCUGGUCGCUUCCUACGACCAACAAUCCACAGAAAGAGUCUAUAUACAGUGAUGGAGAUAGGGCAGAGAUCUCUGCUAACAGGUUUGCUGAUAACCAGGAGCUUAAAUACUCUCUACGCUCUGUUGAGAAAUAUACCCCAUGGGUACGAAACAUUUAUAUUGUAACAAACGGGCAGAUCCCAUCUUGGCUUGAUCUGGAUAACCCUAGGGUUAAGAUUAUCACCCAUGAAGAGAUCUUUAUGAAUAAAAGUCACCUUCCUACGUUUAGUUCUCCAGCUAUUGAAAGCAAUAUUUUCAGAAUUCCAGGCUUGUCUAAAAAAUUCAUUUACAUGAAUGAUGAUGUCAUGUUUGGUGAUGCAGUCUGGCCGGAUGACUUCUAUACUCAUGCUAACGGCCAGAAGUUCUACAUGACAUGGCCUGUUCCUAACUGCAAUGAUGGCUGCCCGGCAUCUUGGAUCAAUGAUAAGUACUGCGACAAGGCAUGUAACGUCUCUGAAUGCGAUUGGGAUGGCGGUGAUUGCAUAGGUGUAAAGAGAGGAGGUUCACAGUUCCAAAGUUGGAGUUACCAGCAGUCACGUUUUAAUUUGGAUUUUUGUCACACUGGUUGUGCAGAUACCUGGGUAGGGGAUCGUUAUUGUGACGCAGCCUGUAACACACACUCUUGUGGCUUUGACGCAGGGGACUGUGGGGUAGCAAGUUUCCAUCAGCUUCAUUCAGAAACCCUGCAUCGCAAUAACCAAGAAUUCAUCCUUCCGAAUGGCAUUAAGUCUGUGUACUUCAACAUGUCUAAGAUUUUCUCUGGAAAGAUAACUGAUGCUGACCAUAACAAGGAGAGAGUCAUAAGAACAGCGAUUGUUGCACAGAAGCACAAGCUUCUCACUUUGACAUUUCGUGGAAAUUUCAGUCAAACGCUUGUUAUUUUUAGAGUUGCUGGUUUUGCUGAUAUUAAUGAUACAAAUAAAGUUGAGGUUACAUUUAAUGUUACAGUAGAUACGCAACAUGAGGCGACAACCACCACACCUCCAACAAGAGCGCCAGUUACAUCAUCUGAUAAUCAGACAACUCUUGUCCCUACAGUUCCUAAGCCAGAGUUUCUCCCACCUACAAUUUACCCAGUCAUAAUUAAUGACAAUGAUAGAGCUAUAAAUUACUGGCAGAUACCAAAUUCAACAUUACCAAGGCCAACAUGGAUUGCACUUUCUCAAGAGGAAUACAAAGUACCAACUAUUGCAAAUGGCACAGUGUUACCUGAUGAUGUGCAGAAAAAGCUCUCUCAGCUAACCGAGGAGUUCAAGAGUGGCUAUUUGACAGAGAAGGGAUAUAACAGAAAAAAAAAUAAGAUUUUGAAGAAAUUCUUAAACACUCCUCAAAUCAUGGAGCAUAACAACACAAACAUAUCACAUUACAAUAGACCAAACCAAACAAUGACUUACAACACCCAUCACCUAAUGUCACACAACACCCGUCACCUGAUGUCACACAAGACCCGUCACCUGAUGUCAGUGCUGGACUGGCAGGAGGUGGAACCCCACUCCUCUCAUUUCCAGUUCACAACACUUGCAGAUUCCCCAAGAUCUCUUGAUCAGCCUACAGAAGAUGAGCGCUUUCUGGCGGACUGGAUAGCAGACUCCAAGCAAAAGCAGUUGAGACAGCACCAUGACAUGCAGAAUGACCUCAAGAAAUGGAGAACACGCUAUGGAGACUGGGACCCACAAUUGCGCUCAGCCGAGACUAGUUUCUUCCCCUGGGAACGAAAAGGCACAUUUGAAAGAUUCCAGAAGCUACAAGAGAUGCUGGGGCAAAGCAAAAGUUACUUGACUAAAGAAGGCCCCAGGCGCAAACUUCUUGACACUUUUGCAGACUCACUUCUCCAUGUGCAUCGUAUUUAUAACCGUAAGUUUGGAUACGUGGCUCGUAAAGUCCCUGCCCACAUGCCCCAUAUGAUUGACGUGGGUGUUAUGAGUGAGUUGCAGGAACUUUUUGCAGACGAGUUUGAAGCCACCUCCUCUCACAAGCUUAGAAGCUCAAACGAUAUGCAGUUUGCGUUUUCAUACAUGUACUAUGUUAUGGGCAAGAAGGCAAGUCUGAAUCUCACUGAGCUGUUUGAGGAACUGGACAGCGAUCACUCAGGCGCUCUCUCGGACCGUGAAUUGAGAACUUUGGCAACGAGACUUUACCCACUCCCUCUCGACCUUGGCGUCAUCAGGAGCCUGGAGAAGACUCUUAUCAACUGCUCACGUGAUUUAAACUACACUGCUCCCCACGCUACCUGGGAAAAUUACUAUGAUCCCACGUUGCCUCUGGUCACCGAGUCUCUGCUUCGAGCAUGCACGCCUAUCAUGGAAAUACUGCUAAACGACACGAAGAAGACUUUGAAUAAAUACAAGUUUGAGACAACGAAUGAUGAGGAUAUCGCUUUCAAGAUGAUUCGAGAUAAUGUCACAGUUGUGUUGAACCAAAUGGACGGCAUACGCGCCAAAAGGAGAAAGUUCAUCUGCUUGAAUGACAACCUGGAUCACGACUCCGACACGCACCUCGCCAAGGCACUGCUAGUGGACUUGUACGAGUCAUUGUUUCCUAUCCCCUCGCAGUUCGAGCUGAAGCAGGGUUACCGGAACAGAUUUCUGUACAUGGACGGGUUGCGUGCGCAUCAAAGAGAGGUAGCGGCAUCGCGGUAUAGAGCUCAUUCCCUCGUAGCUUGUGGUGUGCUUGUGGUUUUUCUGGUGCUUUUCCGUAGGAAAAUAGUCAUGUUGGUCUCGAGACUCUGUCCGCUAAGAAGAAGGCAGAUAUUUGCUGUGGGACAAACUACAAGAUUACACAGUGUUUAAUAGGUGACUUGCACUCGGGAAUCAUAUGACUUUUAAGUGGCAAAUUCAAGUCAAAAUAAACACAGAAAUGGUGCGGUUGUGGCCAUCAAGCCAGAGACCGACUAAGAAAUCUUUUAAUGAAGAUAGCCUUUGUUGUAUAGAGAGUUUCUGGGAGAUUCGUAAGUGCUGAAUAAGCUGCCUUUUGGUCGCACUCACGUGUUUGCCAUCCAAAAAUUUACGUUAUUUCUUAAUACAAGUCAUCUAUUUUCUUUUUUACCCGGUCACAUCAUUCUGCACUUCACACAAACUGUAAGUAUUCGGGUUAUUUUAAGGUGUCACGUUUCAGCCUCUUAAUGAUUAUCCUUAUCCUACGGCUCCAUAGGAUUAGACGUCUUUUAAUACCAAAAAUCUUAUCAAGCUAAUACUUGGCUUACUUCGGUAGGUUUUGCAACUUAGGAUUUUUUUUUAUGUAAUGCAGUAUCGCAUUCUAAUUUGAGUCCCGUGAAGGAAAGGCUUCAUGGCUUGCUUCAGUAGCAAAUAUAGCGUAAUGCAGCAUCGCAUUAUCGUCUUUUGUUUGAAUCCCAUGAAAGAAAAAUAUAGAAAUAUUGCAAUGUGUAUUUAAUAGGGCUUGUAAUUCGUAAAAAUAAAUUAUUAAAAAAAAAGAAAGAAAAAUUAAACACAAUCACAGGGCAUGUGUGAUGAAGAAAACCAUAAAAACGAAGACAAUCAAGCCAAUACAUCCACGAUAAAGCACAUACUAGUCUUUGAACAACAGGCAGUAAAUCUUGAAAAUAUCACAAACUAUUUUAUUUUAAGUAAUUGGUUUUAUUACUAUACACAGAAACAUUCAGUAAUCGCCUAAAACGCCCUUAUACAUCAGCGGGUUAAAUUUUAAUUUAGAAAAAAUCUGAUUAGCAACUGAAAUGCAAUCCCACAACAACUAAGACAAAGUGUACUUAAUCAAAUAAUCGAAAACGAUAAAUAAAAUAUGACCAUGACUA